GAAAAUAAUUUAGUUUUGAGAAAAGAUGCACCGAAAUUACAUGCCGUGGGAGAUAUAUAAAUCACCUUUUCAUCAAUUAUGUGUUGCAAACGCUCUCUGUUUAAAUCUUUUUUGUCAUUUUGAGUAGUAUUCUUCUUCCUCUUCCUUCUCGCAUAGUCUUUUUGUGUAUAUACGGCGACUAAGGCGGAGCUCGUCGGUGCCGUCGCCAUGGAUUUGUGCUACGUUGUCUUUGUCGCCUUUGUCCUCCGCCUCCACUUGUGCGUUGAAGCUUUCGCUGCCCGAGACGUUGAGUUGGUGACCGCCACGGUUGGCCAACUACAGAGAGAACAAUGCGAUCUCUUCGCCGGUGAGUGGAUUGCAAAUCCUGCAGGACCGGCUUACACGAAUGAAAGUUGCAGAUUCAUCGAAGCCCGUCGAGAUUGUAUGACAAACGGGCGACCGGAUACAGAGUAUAUUUACUGGAGAUGGAAACCAUACGAUUGCGAAUUACCUCUGUUUAAUGCGAAGAAGUUCUUGAAUUCGAUGCGAAAUAAAUCGUGGGUGUUCAUCGGCGAUUCGAUCCUUCGCAACCAAUUAGGCUCACUGCUGUGCCUUCUCUCUAAGGACGAAGAAGUUGUUCGCGAGGAAACAAUCAAUUCUAUUAUAUGGCACUUGCCUUCGCGCAACUUCACCCUAGCAUUAGUUUGGGCUCCUUUUAUACUCAAGGCUAGCGACGAAGCCGAUAACAUCACGGUCCAUCUUGACGUCCUCGAGACCGAGUGGACGAGCCACUACAACGACUACGACUACGUAGUAGUUUCCGGUGGGCAUUGGUUCCUCAAAACAACAAUAUUCCAGGAGAAUGACACAGUUAUCGGUUGCAAUUACUGUCCCGGAAUGAACGUACCUGAACUCGGUCGCGACUUCUUGUACCGAAAAGCCCUACAGUUGGCUUUUCGCUUCAUCCUUAGCUCGGAUCACAAGCCGCUUGUUCUCUUUAGGACUUGGACUCCGGACCACUUCGAGUUCGGGAGAUGGAACACGGGAGGGGUCUGCAAUAGGACUAAACCUUACAAAGAGGGCGAGUUCGGUGGACACGAUGUGGACCAUAUAAUGCGAGGGGUCGAAAUCGAGGAGGUCGAGAAGGCGCUGGCGGUCGGGACGCAGAACGGGACGCGGAUUCGGCUUUUGGACACUUACCAUCUUUCUCUUUUAAGGCCCGACGGGCACCCAGGGCCGUAUUUUCGGUUUCAUCCUGAUAUGGGAAAGUGGACUCAAAAUGAUUGCGUGCAUUGGUGCAUGCCGGGACCCGUUGAAGCUUGGAAUGAUAUUGUUAUGGAAAUGGUGUUAAAUGAAGGGGAUUUGAGGUAUUCAUCUCGAAUUUGAUUUGAAAGAUUCACGGAUCGUGUCAAAUUCUAAUGGCCAUUGCUUAGCCUUGGUCGAGAACUUAGGCCGUAUUUGUUUCGCGCACGUAGAAUUCGUGGUUUUUUCAAUAUAAGCAAAAAAUUGAUUUUUAUAAAUUAGAUUACUAUUAUUACUGUGUUGCUGUCUUUGAUUCAAUGCAGUCAUAUAUAAAAUCGGAUUACUAAGAAUGUGAAAUUAUUGUAUUUGGUGUGUUUUAUAAAUUUUAGU